GUUUUGCGUGCUUGAUGCCCGUGCUGUUCUUGGCAAUUUGUACAUGGGUGGUUCUGGUGCAUCUUCCCGCCCGCUUGGCCAGGUCAGAUGCAAAAUGUUUGGAGAGCUACUCCUUCCUGAUCCGCCGUUUCCGACCUGGCGCUGAGAUUGCUUCAGUGCUUUUUCUUGUGAGAAAUGCUUUGGUGGUGCUGUGCCCCUUAGCCACCUCCACACCUGGGCAGCUGGCCAUGAUGACUUUGAUCUUUUAUGUCAACUUGAUUGGAGUCUCCUUUUUCAAGCCAUGGCGAAGCAUGUCCUGCAAUUUGCUGGACUGCAUGCUGCUGUUUGGGAUGUUGGUGAUACUUCACGUGGGCACUGUGUCUGUGACAGACUCCAACCCAGCCGCCAGCAUGGCUAUGGUAAUGGUGUCUGUGGUCAUCAUGCUGUUGUCAAUCCUGCUGAACUUGCUUAACGGCGGCUAUCGUUAUUUCCAGCAGAAAUAUCGGAAGCAGUUUCGCUUCUUCACCUGCCAUCAGAAGAACGCAGCUGGGUCCAUGGCAAGGUUCUUGAAGAUGGAACUGGAACUACGCAACCCUGGCACCAAGACCUUUAUCGACUGUGAUGAUCUUACCGAUCUCACAAGGCUCUUCAGCUAUGUGGGACAGGACACGGAAACUUUCCUCAUCAUUGGCAGUCCGGCAAUUCUCACGCGCAAAUGGUGUGUGGGUGAGAUGGUGACAGCACAUCGGAACAACGUGAAGACUCUGCUCCUUUCUUGGCCAGCAUUCCUGAAACCAGAUGAGAAGUUCAUUGAGCACUUCCCAACCCUCGUCCCAGAUUAUGGAGAGCUCGCCAACCAUGGCAUUGGCCUGUCAGAUGUGGCGAAAACUUUCAGAUGGCUGCACACGGUCGCAAGUCACAAUUUGCCAGAGAAAUUCACGCCGAGCUCGGCAUUUCCUCUGGUAAGUAUGUUGUGUGGCCAGUCAUUGUCAGCUCGCAGAAGGACAUCUUUUUAUUCCACAGAUUGCCCAGUGUUAGCAAACCCUGAAGACACAGAGGCAAUGGCCACGGCCAUGGUGCUGUCUUCAAUGUUGAACCCCAAACUGAUUGGCACCCGUUUGCCACUUACCUCCGUCUUGGAGGAAAGCAACGACGUGCGCGACGGAGCCCAGGUGGCGUUGAUGAUUUGCAGUUCCAACUGCUGGAAGUCAGCCCAAGUGGAGCGCUGGUUGUUGCAGACCAGCCAGCUCCCUUCCUGCGGAGUGAUUCCAGUGAUCGCUGAAGACAACUUCUUGGUACCAUCACCAAGCAUGUACGAAGAGCUGCGUCCAACCUCUUUGCUUGAUCAGCAAGAAUUCCAGCGCUACUGUAUGGUCAUCAAGGCUCUUUUCCAAGAGAUUGCAGUAGUCUUUGUGCCGCAGAACUAUUCCUCCACCCAUGAAGAUUUGCUGCUUCGAGCCAAUCAAGCAGCUGGGAGGCUUCAGGCCAUCCUGACACCUCUGGCUGAGAAAGUGAGAGCCAUUGAGGAUAGGGAUGGCUACAAACACAUCGCAGAAAUUGACAAAGGAGUCACUCUUAAGGAGGACGACUGGAAGGAGGACCCUGUUCUCGGAAAAAUUGUGACCGCAACGCUGUAGUGUUCUUUUUUCUGAUGCCGAUGAGGGUCAAAGACUCGAUACAUUAUACAUUUUUUCAGUUCUUCUUGUUGCUGCCUUUCCCUAGGCUAGGGUCUCGCGAAUGCGCCCGUCGCGCAGAAUUAUUGCACAUUCCACAAAGUGGAACAUUGUGCACUUCAUGCAACAUCAAGAGGUUUCAGGAGUACGUUGUGCGAGGUCCAAAA